GUUUGAUCUGGUUUUGUCCUUCAUUCAGGCUAAAGUGACAACACACUAACAUUUGGACAAUGGUUUCCAUUACUCUGAGUAAGGCUCUACCAAAGGGAAAAAAGGUCUUCACCACCUUUCCUGACGUCCUCUUCUUCCCUGAGUUUGUGCUUGGGGGCUUGGUGUGGAUCUUGCUGAUAUUGGCUACAAUUCCAUUGGAACAAUUGGGAUGGGUGAUGUUUGUAUCUGUCUUCUGCUUUGUUGGAACGGCACUUUUCUUCUUCAUCUUUUUCUUUGGACGCCAUCAGAAAAGAUUUUGGCCAAUCGUGGACGUGGUCUACCAUUUUCUGUCAGCAGUUUUUUACCUGAGUGCAUCAAUUAUUCUGGUCCAACUGUUCAAAAUGGAAAGCAAUCUUUCCCUUUCUUUUAAAUUCCCUAUUGUUCAAGUGGAUGUUGCACAAGGAUCGGACCUUCACAAAAACAUGGGGAUUGCUGCAACGGUUGCGUCCUUUGUGGCCACUCUUCUUUACUUCGUCCAUUGGAUUUUUUCUGCCAUUCGAUGGAAGAGAUCCUAAAAAGAAAACAACUCGUCUCAAAACCAGAUGCACACUGUUUAUUAAAAUGGCAUUAACUGUAAUUGAGACAAUAAAGGUCACUUUCUUUUUA